AUUCCGUCAUCCAUAAGUCAAACAGCUUAAAUUAUAGUCUAGUAAAAUAUAAUCUAGUUCUAUAUAUAUUCGUAUUUCGUAUUUAUUUCUAGAUUAUUUUAUUUAUCGUAAACAUCAAACUGACUAAGGUUAUGCCAUAAAAGGGGUUGUUUUCAGUUUUAUAUAUUCAGAGCUAUAUAUUGAUACAUAUUAUAGUAAAAAGAAAACCUCAAAAUUAAGAGAAAUAUGUUAAUUUAAGUUAUUACUUUAUUAUUUAUUUCAUUACAUUUUUUUUAUAAAGCUAUAUAUAAUAUAACUCCUAUGAAAUGUCUUUUAAAUCACAAUUGGAUAAGAAAAAAGCUCAAGAUGAAAUGCGAAAAUUAAUGAUUGAGCGGAAGAAUAAAGAUAAAAAGCCUGUAAAAAUUCAAAAUCCAUUGGCUAAAUACAAUAGCGCUGGGCAGUUACAGUGUAUACUUUGUUUAUCAAUAGUAAGAUCAGAACAUGUAUGGCAAGUCCAUCUAAAUAGCAAACAACACAGGGAAAAUAUUGAAAAGGCCCAAAAACUCAAAGAACUGACCAAAAAUUUUACUGAUGGCAAAGUUAAGAAAAGAUUAUCUACGACUCUGUCAGAUGCACCACAAGAAAAGAAAAUAAAAGGAAUUUUAAAAAAUUCUGGUGAAUGUGUUUUUGCAUCGCUGAAGCCCAAUAAUGAUGCUCCUGUUAUUUACUCCCAUCAUGAUGAACAAAUUAAUAGGAAGCCCUUAAAUUUGGUACCUGAGCAAAAUAUUGCUGAUGGUAGCAUAAAAGAGAAGAAGAUUGAAGAAGAAGCAAAAUUUGAUCAACCAAUUCCAGAGGGGUUUUUUGAUGAUCCUAAAUUGGAUGCAAAGGCAAGGAACAUUGAGUAUAAAGAUCCAGUAGAAGAAGAAUGGGAUAAGUUUCAAAAAGAAAUUAAAGAAGAAGCUACAACAUCUGCUGAGAUAAUUGCUGGUGAACAGGAAGAAGCAACUGCUGAAAGACAAAUAGAUGAAAUUGAUGAGCAAAUUAGAAAUUGGUCUAGAGUGUUGGAUCUUGAAUUGAAAAAAGAAGAAACUAAAAAGAAGAUAACAGAUGUUGAUGCAACAAGUGACAAUGGUGAAAGUGAUUCAGAUGCUGAUGUUGACUUAAAUGAAUUUUUAGAUUGGCGGGCAAAAAGGUCUUUUAGUUAAUUGAAAAAUUGUAAAUAAAUAGAAGUUCUGAAU